CACUCACCCCCCCACUCUCUUCACUCAAUCCACCCCUCUCUCUCCUACUUUCUCUCUCUAAAAUACUCUCCCACUGUUACCUAAACCCUAAUGGCCAUUGAAGCUUUAAAUUCCCCAACAACCACAACCGGUUUCUUCAGACAAGAUUCCGGCAACCACCUCAAGUAUAUAGAGUCAUGGACCAAAGGCAAAAGAUCAAAACGACCACGUACCGAUCAACCACCAUCUGAGGAUGAGUAUCUUGCUUUCUGCCUUAUGCUACUCUCCCGCGGCCACCACGGUACCUCCUCCGCCCCGCAGCAGCCGCACCCGCAACAAGAACAACCCGCACAACAACCGCAAUUGUUUGUUCACAAGUGCAGUGUGUGUGACAAAACUUUUGGGUCUUACCAAGCUCUAGGUGGGCAUAAAGCCAGUCACCGGAAAAACAGCCCAGCCGGUGCCGGAGAAGAAGUCGAACAGCCCGUCGCAACGACCACCGGCACUAGUGGAAGGAGUCAUGAGUGUUCUAUAUGCCACCGGUGUUUCCCCACCGGACAGGCGUUGGGUGGUCACAAGAGGCGUCACUAUGAAGGCGUUAUCGGUGGUGGAAGGAGUCAUGCCGGCAGUGGGAUGACGUCAUCGGAUGGUAGUCAACGAGGGUUUGACCUGAACCUCCCUGCAGAACAAGAAGUUGAAAGCCCGCAUCCCGCUAAAAGGUCUAGAGUUUUUCCGGCUCCAUUGAUUUUCUGAUUACAAAGUUAUAUUGGUUUUUUAAUUUAGGAUUAUUUUGUUAUUGGAGAUUGUUUUUAUGUAAUUACUGUUGCAUUUGAUGAAUUUAAUUCUAUUGGUUUUUUGUAUAAUAUUUAAUGGUGGAUGAUGGUUGACAACCGAAUGUUAUCGAA